AGAACUACAACUCCCAUCAUGCCUUGAAAGUUGGAGUACUGUAAUCCCACGUCCAGGAUGAAGUAAGAGGUUUUUUUGCAGGAAAGAAAGGGUUAAUACGCCAUCAUUGCCAUGCCGUGGUUUUUUCUAUUCCAAAAAAGCAAAAAAAUAAACAGGUAAAAUGUAUGCAUUACAAGUUCAUGGACUCCGCCGAACGUGAUCAGGGACCAUUUCAUCUUCUCAGUGUAUCGACUGCGAUACCCCAAACACCCCUGACAUCUCAUCCAUCCACAUCAGAUAGAAAAUCCACUUUUCAGAGCCUCGGCCUCUUAUGUCAAACCAGGUGCAAGCCCAUAAAUCACGACCUCGUUGCCCCGGUCAUCUCCUCCACCAAGGGUUGACCCUUUCCUCACCGGAUGAUUUAUAAGAGAAAGUUACUUUGUUUCGUUGGCUAUGCCACAUUUGCUGUAACAGUUUUUAGCGAGAGCUUCAGGAGACAGUAAAUUUAUCGUCUCUGAACCCUGAAGGAUGACAUCAAUGCAAAGUGUCUAUCGCAUUAGGAAUUCUGCGGCGAUGGAACCAUUGGCUCGUCAUCUGUCUUCGUGGAGGAGAGUGAUGUUUCCUAUGUCGUCAUAGAACGCUAUAUAAGAAUUGACACUUUAAUGAUGAAUCCGACAAUUAAAGGAGCGUCCUGACCAACCAGACAGAGACGCAUCUGCUCCGGGGUCCAGCAGCCAUGCACAAGCUCUUCUCCUGCGGGAUCAUCCUCGCCAUCGCCUUCAGCCCGCUCCGAUCACUCCCAAUAUUAGACCCCAGCGACAUCUCCUUCCGAAUACCAGAUACAAAGAUGGAUUUUGGAGACGUGAGCAGCUGGGGCGACACUCACUUAUUACAGAACCUCCCCUCGUUUUUGGACAAGGGCAGAAAUAGGGAGAUCGACAUGGAGGAUGUUUAUAGCAAAGAAGGACUUAGCCUUGGAACUUAUAAUAUGGAUGAGGGUAUGAAAGAGGAACUAUUCGAGAAGCAGCCAGAGAUGUCACUAUUGAGCCGACUACAAGCCAAAGAGCGUAAACCUUAUAAGAAACGAGCGGGAAACCUUUCGGAAUGUUUCUGGAAAUACUGUGUGUGAUAUUGUGAGGAACCCGAACUAUCGUGUCCGAUUUCUGCUUAACACUUUCCACACCCCCUGUAUUUACGACGACGCCUCAUCUCUACACACACAGCAGGGGAUAACAGACGCGAUGGCGAACUCUGUGAAAUAGUUUUAUUUUACAUUUCAGAAAAAAAUAAUAUUUUAUGUUUUGCUGAUAUUUGGUAUAAC